CCGAAUACGUACACAGGCGGUGCGCGAAUGUUAGUUAUCUGCGUGGAGACGAGAGAGUGCUCUGGCCUCCUCCGACACGUACAAAUGAUCGUGUUUCGUUGGACGAUUCUUUACGGGCGUUGCGGGACAGCGGUUUAUCGCAUGAUUCUGUGAACCGUCGGUAUCGAAGCAAUUAUGAGCGUGUUAUGUUCCGGACCCCGUUGGCGGUUAACUGUCAACUGUCAAUCGGAGAUCUAACGUAGGCACUCCGGCCGCGCCGUUUCUUUUAACGACAUUAAUGUUACGAUUGAAAAGAUGCCAUGGCGUCCUCAGGAUCGCAUAAUGGGGAUGCUGAUACGGAAAGCAAUAAGUUCGAGGGCUCGAAGAUCGACCGACACGGGUUCCUUCGAAGGGAUUCCUCCAACUAUAGCACGGACAGCCUCGCGAAACAGGGAAUACCUCCGGAGGUAAUGCUGAGGAGAGAAAGGAAAUGGAUACAGAUGCUUAACAAUUGGAAGCAUUUCAUGAACACGAACUAUCGUAAAGUUAGAGAACGAUGCAGGAAGGGCAUACCGCCGUCCGUGAGACUCAGAGCAUGGUUGAACCUGUGCGGCGGUCAGCUGUUGAUGGACACGUAUCCGAAUCUAUUCGAAGAACUGGUAGAACGAUCCGGCGACCCUAAAUAUAUAGACGACAUUAAGAAGGAUCUCCAUAGACAAUUUCCGCAUCAUGUGAUGUUCAUCGGCGAAGCUCCUGGCCAGGAAGAAUUGUUCAAAGUACUAAAGGCGUAUUCCAUUUUAAAUAGUACGGUCGGCUAUUGCCAAGCUCAUGCGCCCAUCGCCGCAUUUCUGUUGAUGCACAUGCCGACGGUACAAGCGUUCUGGUGCCUGGUUGCGAUAUGCGAUAAAUAUCUGGUCGGGUAUUAUAGCCAAGGAAUGGAGACGUUGCUCCGCGACGGAGACAUCCUGUUUGCUCUUCUGAAGAGAGUGUCUCCUAUUGCCUAUAAACACCUGAAGAAACAAAAGAUGGAGCCGAUAAUGUACAUGACUGAAUGGUUCUUGUGUGUUUAUACGCGAACACUGCCAUGGGAAAGUAUCUUGCGAGUGUGGGAUAUGUUUCUCUGCGAGGGAGUUAAAGUUAUAUUUAAAGUAGGAUUAGUAUUGUUAAAAGGCAGCUUGGGACGUGCAUCGUUAGUUAAACGUUGUCCGGCGGUUUACGAAACGCUGGAAGUAUUAAGAAAUCCUCCGCAGCAUAUUAUGGAGGAGGAGGCUCUGGUCUAUCAGAUCCGGAAGUUGAAUCUGUCCGAAGAAGACUUCGAGUACGAGCAUCAACGUCAAGUGCUGAAACGCAAAGCGGAACAAGCUGCUUCUCCUGCUAAUCGGACAGACUGAUUAGAAGAAAAAGAAAUAGCUUGUAAUACGAGUAAUAUGUAACGAGCUUACAGGUAUUACUCCCAAAGCGUGCCUUCCUUUAUAUUCUUCGUAUUUGUACAGACCACAUUUAUCUAGUUAGACUUUUACAAAGUAUAAACCUACGUACAGCAAUGUUUAAAGAGUACCUUAACUUCUUUAUUACAAAUUUAAACGAUUAUCGGAUAAAUACAUUCCCGAGACAGAUCAAAUGCAUAACUCAUCCCUAUUUUUCUCUAUCGUAAUAUAUUAUACAUAUUAUAAAUAUAUAUUAUAUAGUUACAAAGAUGCACAAUACUUGUAGGUGUUCAUAGUACCGUUUAGUGUUGUAUUAUUUCGAGCAUAUCUCUAGUUAUUAACUUUCACACGAUUUUAUUAAUAUUUAUGUACAAAACAGAAGGAAAAGAUUUGUAUAACAUUACACGUUUCUUUUUUUUUUUUAAGAGUACAGUGUAGCAUAUAACGAUGUUAUCGAAUAAAAAUUGUUUUGUUUA